GCAUUGGCGCCGAUUUAUUGGAAGAAAAAAGGAGGACUAGAGCUCCUAUACUCCCUCCUUCUCGUCUGUGCAGUCACCUUACAUGUCACGUGAGAGCUAGCACACAAUCACGUUUACCGCGACCUUUGCUCUGAUGCAUUCUCUAAAACUUCAAGAACCGAAUCUGUAGUCUAUCACUUUCCCCUGCAAUACGACUAUACAUGCACCGCUCAAUCUGUUCACAUCCGGCCCUUUAACAUUGGUAUCCACAUUUGCCAAAAGUAAUGUAUGUUGUUUCAACUUUUCAUAGUUGAGGUCAGGGUUUUACGAGUGGUAUAGAACAACACGUAGAAAACAUGGAUUCUGAAUCUACUACACAGAUUCCCAGGGCCAAGGGAGUGAAAGUGUGCGUAUGCAGUGGAAGCCUGUCUAAGAACGUAGAGGGUCUUAUCCAACUCAUCAAACACAACAUGAAAGAUGUUGUGGAAACUGUGAGAUAUGAGCCCCUUCCUUACAACGUCAGUGACAUGGAAAAGCUUGAUCUGAGUGGUAUAGAUGUUCUGCUUCUCUGUCACUCCAUAGAAAACAGACGAUUCUCAAUAACCAAUGUCACAGAUGCUCUCUAUGAUGGCUUCCUACAAAGGGCUAAAAACUAUCUGGGUCAGAGUAAAGUUGGAGUUAUCGCUCAUGACUUUCCAGAAGGUGACCUUUCAUCAGAGAAACUAUCUUCCAAGAUGGCUUCCUUUCGCUACACCCAGAGUACAACAUUUAAAUGUGCAUCACUUGUUUUGAUUGGAGGUCAGCUGGCUGAGGAUCCAGUACAACUGACCAGGACACAGCGUGAUCACCUUCGACAGUUCUUCUGUGCAGCAGCAUCUCAGAGCUGCCUAGAAAUUAUUCAAGUCAUGUUGUACAGAUUCCGCCUUUUCAUCACAUGUGGACUUACAUGAUAUGCAUGGAAAAGUCAACCAACAAGGGCGCAGAUACAGGGGGCACGAGCCCCUCACGGCAUCGAAUGUUGUCAAACCAAUUUGAAGGGAAAAAGAAAGCGAGAAAGAGAGGAGAAAGGAGGA